AAAAAGCACAUGCAAGUCAUAUAGAAGUUUGAAGUGGCCAUGAAUUUUAGGUAAGAUUCUUGUUGUUGAUCAGCUACAUCUGAGACUCUUUCUCUCUCUGUUUUCUUUCACCUUCCAUUCCUCGGGCACUGGGUCAGGCAUCGGAAACACAGGCAAAACUUGUUGCCACUGCACCCAAUUUCAUCGUUGUUUCGGUGAUCCAACAUUUUCACCAUUCUCUUCAUUCUACAUCCGGAAAAUAUCCUCACUAAGGGUUUCUCUAGGGAUUGAUCUAAUCUCAGGCACUAGUUACCUAAUCUUUGUGUUUCUCAUCACUGAAAGCUUAUAUAUUUUGUAUGGUUUUGAAAGAUUUCGUGCUUCGGGAUUUAGUGUUGAGCUUUAUUAUUAAAUGAAUGACAUGGCUUGGACUGCCCUCAAAGGUUCUCCCAGAGCAUUUUCUCAUCCGAGGCCGCUUUCUUGGAUUGUAGUUAUAGUAGGAGCACUGGCUGUUUUCUUAUUUUGUGCUUCCUGGGUUCUUGUAUCAUCUCCAAUUGGUUCCAGGGUUCAGGGUUAUUUUUAUAGUGUAAGUAGUUCAGAAAAGUUAGAUUUACCUGUUUCUCCAUUGAAUGAAUAUUCUAUUGAUGAUGGUCACUGGAAUACGAGUUUAGAUCAUGUUAAUGAUAAACCGCCGUCUGAGAAUCUGCAAUCUUCCUCAAUUUCCAAUGAGGUGUCUAAUGAUAGUAAGAUAGAUCAAACUAAUACUAAAGCAAACUCGCAAGUAGAUUUGGGUCAGUCUACUCCAAUGAACCUUCCCAUGAACAAGGAAGUGAACAAAGAUCCAGCAGUUUCUAGUUCAGAAGAGCCAGUGACUACUGUUGGCGACAUUGCGGAUGUAUCCAACAGUACCCUACCUUCUCAAGAAAGUGCAGAUGUAGCCAAUAGUGGCUUGCCUGCUCAAGAAAGUGCAGAUGCAUCCAAUAGUGGCUUGCCUGCUCAAGAAAGUGGAGAUGUAGCCAAUAGUGGCUUGCCUUCUCAAGAAAGUGGAGAUGUAUCCAAUAGUGGCUUGCCUGCUCAAGAAAGUGUAGAUGUAGCCAAUAGUGGCUUGCCUGCUCAAGAAAAUUCACAAAUUGAUUCGAAUUCAAGUAAAACUAUGCCAUUGGCAGGUUCCAAUUCUUCCAAUGAAACAAGUAAUAUUAGAAUGGAAGAACCUGCUUCUAUGGCUUUGAUCAAUCAGUCUACUGUUGUAAGUACCGCAUCAAAUGAGACCUCUCCGUCUUCUGAUGAUUCCACAUCAACUGCUGUUCCAGCUUCCGUAGAGAAGCCAGAGAGCACAUCCUCUGCUGGUUGUGAUCUGUACCAUGGACAUUGGAUACAUGAUCCGUUGGGACCAUUGUACACAAACAAUUCAUGCCCUGUAUUGACACAGAUGCAGAAUUGUCAGGGUAAUGGGAGGCCUGACAAGGAUUAUGAAAAUUGGCGAUGGAAGCCCUCUCAGUGUGACCUCCCACGGUUUGAUCCGAAAAAAUUUUUGGAGCUGAUGAGAGGGAAGACCUUGGCUUUCAUUGGAGAUUCAGUAGCCCGAAACCAGAUGGAAUCAAUGUUGUGUAUUCUGUGGCAGGUAGAGACACCGAAGAAUCGGGGAAAUCAUAAUAUGCAACGUUAUUAUUUUAGGUCCACUUCUUUGAUGAUUGUCAGGAUAUGGUCCUCGUGGCUUGUCAAACUAACAACCGAACCAUUUGAUUAUGCUCCAGCCGGUGUAGAUAAGCUCCAUCUUGAUGCCCCAGAUGAGAAGUUGAUGGAACACAUCCCAAACUUUGAUGUGGUGGUUCUUUCUUCUGGUCAUUGGUUUGCCAAGAAGUCUGUGUACAUUUUGAACAAUGAGAUAGUGGGAGGACAGUUGUGGUGGCCAGACAACUCUCGGGAGAUGAAAGUUGACAGUGUUAAAGCUUAUGGUAUAUCUGUUGAAACAAUUCUAACGGCUAUUGCUACAAUUCCAAAUUACAAAGGGCUUACAAUUGUGCGUUCCUACUCACCUGACCAUUAUGAGGGUGGGGCAUGGAACACUGGUGGAUCAUGUACAGGGAAGGUUAAGCCUCUAGCACCUGGUGAAGGGGUGGAAAACUUGCACACAAACAUAAUGCAUGAGCAACAGGUGACAGGUUUUAAACGUGCUUUGGAAAAGUCAACAGAUGGAUCGAAGUUGAGGCUAAUGGAUAUCACUGAAGCCUUUCAGUUCAGGCAUGAUGGUCACCCUGGCCCCUACAGGAGUCCUGACCCAAAUAAGAUUACAAAACGUGGCCCUGAUGGAAGGCCACCACCACAGGAUUGCUUGCACUGGUGCAUGCCAGGCCCUGUUGAUACCUGGAAUGAACUUGUCUUUGAAAUUAUUAGGAGAGAAUUUGAAGGUGGAAGUGCAUCAUGAGAUUUGUUUAUUUUUUUUUACUAUUAAGCUCUGUGAUGUGCUUCUGCACUCGAGUCAAUAGGUUGCGACUUGUGUAGAAAUCUGACUGUCUUUUUGGAGGGAUAAAGGUAGUUGUACCACUUGAAUCUUUUCAUAGAAUAAUAUAAUAUAUUUAUUUAUGAUAGAUAAGUUAAUUUA